AUGGCUUCCUCAGUUGAGAUUUCUAAAUUUACCGGGCACUCCCGAUCUGUCAGCCUGCCUUCCAGGUGCCACCCUCUCACUACAGCAGUAGAGGAUCAGUUGGAUAGGCUGAGAUCAUCAGAGGCAACAUCCUCAUCUGUAUGCCAAAAUUUAAGGGGCCUCAAAGACUUGUACGAAAGCAUCAAUGAUUUGCUUCAGUUGCCCCUUUCUGAACAGGCCAUCUCCGAUGAUUAUCUCAGCAAAUGCAUCGAGCAGUCGUUGGGUGGAUCGAUUAGGCUUUUGGAUUUUUGUGGAACUAUCAGGGAAGUGUUCUCGCAAAUGAAGGAAUGCGUUCAGGGGCUAGAGUCAUCACUUAGGAGAAAGAGAGGAGGUGAUUCUGGCCUAGCAAGCGAAGUCGAGACAUACAUCAAAUCUAAGAAAAGAAUGCAGAAAGUCAUCUCCAAGAUUUCAGAGACUUUGAAGAGAGUGGAGAAGAAAAAGAAAGACUCCAACAAAGAAACUGCUCUUAGCAUUAUAAGAGAAGCUGAAGAUAUCAGCCUUUCGGUGUUUGAGUCCUUGUUAUGUCUCUUAUCUGGGUCAAAGGCGAAACCGGAGAUCAAGGGUUGGUCUUUGGUUUCCAAGCUUGUCUCGUCCAAACACAUUUCCUGCGAAGAGAAUGUAAAUGACAAUAAUGUGGAAGGCUUGUAUGUUGACCUCUCUGUUCUAAAGUCUGUUGAAGACGUGAAACCUCGAGUACUAAAGCGACUGGAGGCAUCCGAGUCGACAAUUCAGGACAUCGAGGAGGAUUUGGAAUGCCUAUUCAGGCAUUUAGUGAAGACAAGAGCUUCUCUUCUCAAUGUUCUUAAUCAUUAG